GAUUUUAUUUUUAUGCAAGGUCCUACAUUAAACCGAGUCGACCGUCGGUGACUCAGUUACGAGUCUCGCGUUAACGAGUUCUUCUCUCCCUGGUUUUUUGUUUUUAUAUUUUAUUUUAGUCUCACAAGUCUUCUCUAUUUAUAAACACAAAAAAACGAAGAUAGCCAUCGUUUUGGUGAGAGAAGAGAGAAGAGAGAAGAAGAAGGCCAUGGAAAGAUAAUACUCUGCUUUUUUUUUAGAAAUAUACAGAGGAAAUAAAGAGAGAGAGAAGGAGAUGGCGGAUUCAAGCGAUUCUGUCUCCAUUGAUAUGGAGGCAUUGUCUCUUGGAGGACAGGUAUGUUUUUUUCUGGUCUUUUAUAGUGAGUUUAAGGAGAUUCUGUUUUGGUUUACUAAGAAAUUACGGGAAGAAGAAGAAGAUAGGAUAAAUUGUAUUUGUUGAUUUUUGUUUUUGGUUACUGCAUUCUUCGAGCUGCUUUGUUCCUGUUAAUCAUUGUUUUGAUUACGAGAAGUAGUUUUUAGGAAUCGUUUGUUACUAAAACAAUGCUGGGAAAUGUUCAUGUUGCUAGAGCUGACAUUAGAAUAUCAUGUUUUGGUGUCGGUUAUAUAUAUCCAAAAUUACGACUUGUGUUGUCGAUAACCCAAUUCGUUUUGUUUUUUUUGGGAUUUUGUAUGUUCUGAGUUUUUUCUGUUGGGUUCUAAUGUCUUCCCUCAAUUCAUGGUUUAGUUGACACCUUAAUUUGGAACAUGUGUAUUUGAUCCAAUUCUUGUUCUAUUGGAUCACAACUCACAAGUGAAUAUAUAACUCUUGGAUUUUCCAAAUUCGUUUUUGCAUUGUUCUAAGGUUCUCAAGAGUUUUUUUUCUUCUUUCUAUAAUGAGGUUUUGGGUUCCACUGUUAAUGGUUAAAUUCCCUUUUUGUUUGACCAUGACUUAUUUGCUGGUUAAUGCGUAUAUGAUUUUAUGGCAAAGUUUGGUACUUUUUAAGUUGCUCACUAAUCAAUUUAUUUUUCUCAUAUUGGAAUUAAUGUUUCUAGGAACACCUUGUGGAGACUACUUAUGGCCCGGUUUGUGUUGCCGUUUGUGGAGAUCCAGAUAAACCAGCUCUUAUCACUUAUCCUGAUAUAGCUCUUAAUUAUAUGUUCUGUUUUCAAGGAUUAUUGUUUUGUCCAGAAGCUAGUUCUUUGUUACUCCACAACUUUUGCAUAUAUCACAUCAGUCCUCUUGGCCAUGAGUUGGGAGCUCCAAUGAUCAGUGUUGAUGCUCCUUUGCUCUCAGCUGAUGACUUAGCAGACCAGAUAGUCGAGGUUCUUAAUUAUUUCGGACUUGGUGCAGUAAUGUGUAUGGGUGUCACAGCAGGAGCAUACAUUCUGACCUUAUUUGCUAUGAAGUACAGGCAGAGAGUUCUGGGCUUAAUUCUCGUCUCUCCACUGUGCCAAGCGCCUUCUUGGUCAGAAUGGUUGUGCAAUAAGGUCAUGUCUAAUUUGCUUUACUAUUAUGGUACAUGUGGAGUUGUUAAGGAAAUGUUACUAAAACGGUACUUCAGCAAGGAAGUUCGUGGUAAUGGUCAUGUUCCAGAAUCAGAUAUUGUUCAAGAAUGCAGAAGAUUACUUAGUGAGCGGCAGAGUACAAAUGUAUGGAGAUUCCUUGAGGCAAUCAACGGGAGAGUGGAUCUUAGUGAAGGGUUAAGGAAAUUGCAAUGCAGAACGUUAAUAUUCAUUGGUGAAAAUUCUGCCUACCACUCCGAGGCUGUUCACAUGACCACCAAACUAGACAGACGAUACGGUGCAUUAGUCGAGGUGCAGGGAAGCGGGUCGUUGGUGAGCGAAGAACAGCCACAGGCGAUGAUAAUACCAAUGGAAUACUUUUUGAUGGGAUAUGGCCUGUAUCGUCCUACACAGAGCGUAAGUCCAAGAAGUCCUUUGAGCCCAACCCGAAUCUCUCCGGAGCUUCUCUCCCCUGAAAACAUGGGGUUGAAACUCAAGCCGAUAAAGACACGACUCGCUCUAUAGCCCUGCCUCCUCUGCUACACACAUUUACAUAUACGACAUGUGUCACCACAUCAAAAUCACCAUUGUUGGAUUGGAGCUGUUCCUCUGUUAUGAUUUGAGCUGUAGAUAUAGACAGAGAUAUAUUGAUCAUCUAUAUAUAGAAAGAGAGGGAGAUGAAGAAGAGUAAAAAAAGGGGAUGGGGAAGGGAUUGAUAUAUGGUAGAGUGAAAAACCGCCAUUUAUUUUUAAUUUGGACGUUUAAUACCUCUAGUAUUUAAUUUGGAAGAAAAAUACCUUAAUUAAUUUUGGUUACCUAUCAAAAAGUUGGUAUAAUCGUACCUCCGAGUUAACUUCCGUCAACUACCCUAACGGAAACAUAUUCGUAUAAUCAAGAAAAGCGAUUGUACUUAUUUACAUAAUUAACAUGAGUUAAGUUUUAACCACAGUUAACAAUUCCGUUAGGGUAGUUAACGGAAGUUAACUCGAAGGUAAGAUUAUACCAACUUUUUAAAAAACGAAAGUUUUAAUAAGUAACCAAAAUUAACUAAGGUGUUUUUCUUCCAAAUUAAAUAGUAGAGGUAUUAAACGGGAAAAUUAAAAGUAAAUGAUGGUUUUUUAGGUUUUCUCCCUUUACAGAUAUAUUAUAUUUUGAUUCAUUAAACUUGUCUUAAAGGUUUAUUUUGUGGUAGCUCUUCUUGUUCUGUACAUUCAGUUGAAUAAAAAUCAUCCCCUUACUAUUUUA